AUGUCAAGGUCGAAGGUAGCACCGUUGCAACACAUGUCCAUUCCCCGUUUGGAGUUGCAAGCAGCAACGCUAGGAGCGAGGCUUGCCAAUUCCGUCGGCGAGAUUCUUACGUUAGAAGUCAAGCGUCGUUUCAUGUGGUCCGAUUCGAAGACCGUACUCUCAUGGAUCCACUCCGACCACCGUCGUUAUAAACAGUUCGUGGCGUUCCGGAUCGGAGAGAUACACAGCUUAACGAAAAUAGCGGAAUGGCGUUGGGUGCCGACUAAGUGCAAUGCGGCCGACGCGUUAACGAAGUGGGAGAAGGCGCACAGCAUGCAUUCCGAUGCUGCGUGGUUCCGCGGCCCUGGAUUCCUCUACCAGCCGGAGGAUUGUUGGCCGAAGCAGGACAGCAUCGCACCAAACGUUGCCGAGGAGGUUCGAGCGUGUGUCCAGUUCCACGAUAUCGCCAUCACCAUGUCGAUAGUAGAUCUGCAACGAUUUUCUAAGUGGAGGGUAUUAGUGCGGACGGUGGCAUGCGUCUAUCGGUUCGCGUCGAACUGUCGAAGGAAAAAAGAUGGAUUCAAGAUCGAAGCAGUUCCAACUACAGAAGCGGUGAAGAAGGCGGUUAUAAAAACUGUACGAUCGACGACGGUACCGUUGAAACGUGAAGAGUACCAGAAGGCGGAGGCGUACCUCUGGCGGUCAGCCCAGGCCGAUUGUUUUGGCGACGAAAUCAGGACGAUCAAAAAGAACCGGCAGCUACCGUUACAGCAGCAGCAGCAAUUAGAGAAGAGUAGCAGUUUGUACAACCUGAGUCCGUUCCUAGACACUGAGGACGUACUGCGAAUGGAAGGUAGAGCAGCGCAAGGUUCGUCGCUGCCGUUCGAGCUUCGAUUCCCAAUAAUUCUACCGAAACAGCAUCUGGUGACUGACAAGCUGCUAGAAUACUACCAUCACCGAGUAGCACAUGGAAACGUGGAGUCUGCCGUCAACGAAAUCCGGCAAAGAUUCAGCAUUCAGAACCUGCGAGCAGAGUUGAAGCGGAUCGGGAAGUCUUGCAUGUGGUGCAAGGUGAAGAAAUGCCGAGCGAGGACACCGAGAAUGGCUCCAUUGCCGGAGUCGCGCGUCACGCCGGGACUACCACCGUUCAGCCACACCGGCGUGGACUUCUGCGGCCCAGUCACAGUUACAGUCGGUCGAAGAUCGGAGAAGCGGUACAUCUGUUUGUUUACCUGCAUGACUACGAGAGCUGUUCACCUUGAAGUCGCUCACAGCCUGACGACUCAAGCGUGCUUGAUGGCCAUUCGAAGGUUCGUGUGCCGCCGAGGAAAACCGUUGGAAUUCUACUCCGACAACGGCACGAACUUUCAAGCUGCAAGCAAGGCGAUUGUGAAGCAAAUCGGAGAAAAAUGUGAGGACGAAUUCACGGAUUCCAGAACCCGCUGGAACUUCAACCCCCCCAGCGCACCUCACAUGGGUGGUGUCUGGGAGCGAUUGGUCCGCUCCCUGAAGGCAGCAUUAACCGUGCUAAACGACGGGAGAACAAUAACCGACGAAGUGUUGCUGACGACGAUUGCGGAGGCUGAAGACCUAAUUAAUUCCCGGCCGUUGACAUACGUCGGCCUGGAACCGGGAACAGAAGAAGCGUUGACGCCAAAUCAUUUUGUUCGUGGCGUCGGUACGAUCGGUGAGGAACAUCCUGUUCCACCUACGAGCGAAGCCGAAGCACUUCGAGACCGCUACAAGCGGUCACAGCGUUUGGCGGACAAACUAUGGGCUCGGUGGGUGUUCGAGUAUUUGCCGUCGAUAAAUCAUCGGGCUAAGUGGCAUACUAACGUGCCACUAAUAGCAAGCGGUGAUCUGGUGUACAUCGCGGACGACGCAGUGCGGAAGAGCUGGAUCCGCGGCAUCGUGCUAGAUGUCUACCCGGAGGCGGACAGCCGAAUUCGACAAGCGAUGGUGCAGACGGUUAAGGGUAAGUUUAGGAGGCCGGUGACGAAGCUAGCGGUGCUGGAGGUCCAGGAUGGUAACUCCGGCGUUGCAGAGGCCCCACCAGAGAUACGGGGAGGGAGUAUGUUGGCACCGCUACCACCCGGCAUCGAGAAACCCUGA